AUGGCUGCCCAGUCGAAGGAGGUUAUUGUGGGAAUCGAUUUGGGUAGCACCGGCGUGCGGGUAAUGUUCUACCGUCGGAUCGGAGAUGACCAUAUUUUCGACCAGCUUUGGUGCAAGAAUAGCCCAGCUUGGGAAACCAAGCGCUAUGGUGGAGGCCAGAUCAAGUCAACAAUAACACCUUUCGAUGGCGGACCCGUAUACAGUCCAGACGCCCAGUGUCGUGGGCGACGACAGGUUUCGGUCAAGUGGGUCUUCGGGGACGGCAAAGGGUUGGACUCCAAUCACCCUCUUGGAGCCGAACUGGACGAUUGCUUUCGGAGAGACGAUUUCAAGAAACGCUGCAAAGACGGAUUGAAGUCUAUUGUCAAGAUUGUGGCCAAGGGGGUCGAAGAAAAAUGUAAGUCAGAAGGUUGGCAAGUCACUGGGCUUGGCGUGUCUGUUCCAGCUACCUGGACAUAUGAUGAGCAGGAUGAGUACAAGGCUCUUCUGAAGGGCGCGUUCACCUCCAAAGUGAUGCAGCAGGUUCUUGAGCGCAAUCUCUAUUUCCAUACCGAGGUCGAAGCAUUUGCGCACUAUUUGAUGCAUAACGCACAGAAGUAUCGAGCUAUCUUCCCCAAGACCGCAGACACUACAGUACUCGGCCUGGACUUUGGAGGAUUCAGCAUGAGCGGUUGCCCCUUCAGAGCCAGAGCAUCUCCAUGUGUAGACGCGGCAGCAUUCUUCAGACUCGGGGGUCCAUUUGGGGCUGGCGGUGGUACCGAGCACUGGGAAUCCUACAUCAGCGAGUUUUGCACCGAAGAAACGCUGAAACCCGACGGACCAGACAGGAAGAAGUCCUCUCUCGAUGAAAACUUACGUGCCCAACUGCUGGAAAGUUUUCAUCAGCAGAUUUCCGAAUCUGGCGUCGAAACAUUUCGGGAGAUGAGACUACAUGCUAACAUCUCAGACUCUAUCCCGGUCUUAAUUCCUGAGUCGGUUGUCAAAGCCACGUUUGAGGCAGCUAUGAAAGCUCCUCUAGACAUGACUCAGAAACACAUCAAUGAACUUGGGCGGCUAUAUGGCGCGUCUCAUCAGUGCAGAGUCGUGGUGACUGGGGGCAGUGCAAGGCACUUCGAGGUUCAGAGACGGCUCCGACAGUACUGCAAAGACGCAGGGCUGAGGUUCAAGCCCAUCUUCGCUUAUGAUGCAGCAAAUGGCAGCCCAGCCUUCAAUGUCGCCCGAGGUGCCGCAUUGGCCACUUCCAAGUCAAUAUCGGUUAAUAAAUACUUGAGCAACGGCGCGGCAUUCGGUAUUCAGAUGCUGCAACGCGACUUGCAUGUGCCUAAACAGGUUUCUGGCGGCAGAGUCGCUAGUAACAACGAGGUCUGGGAUGACACUGCCGCUAUCCUUUUCAAUCAGAAGCACCGUUCUGCAGACAUCACGACGUCGGGCACGGACAGACUCAAGAUCAUCUGCGACCCAUUCCAUGGCCGUGGAAACAAGGCCGGCUUACUAUUGGCCCACGACAGAUGCUAUGACCUUGUGGAACUUCCCAUCCCCAAGAAAGGAACAUGGCGAUUCACUGUCGACAGCGUCCGGCAAGGUCACGAUGGAGAGCGCAUGUUCCUACAGCUGUCGAGACGUCGGCUUGGAGAGGUCUCAACAGAGGUCCCCGUCUUACACGUCGAACUCUACUUCGACCGAACGGCAAACUGCUACUUGAUCUACGACGGGAAUGGGAAGAUCGACGAUGCUCACCGUGGUUUGGCUCUGACAGACGACGAUCAGUUGGUCGCUUGUUCUAGUGCCACAACCUCACCGCAAGUGGAAGAGGCGGCACCAGUGCCCGAAGGAACACCGCAGGCGAAGCGCAUGAUGAAGCGGACCCGGCAAAUGGCUCCUAUGGCACGCCUCCCCUUCACUCCAACCAAGAGAGUCAAGCCAGUCGCGACAAGCUCGGGCACGAACGAUACACCGUCAUACAAGGAGGCCAGGGAAAGUCCUGUGAACGGGAUGAGUGUGUAA